AACUUUGGUCUUGGGCAUCUACACGCUUAAGAGGCUUUGGAUAGAAAAAACCAGAAGGAGAAGAAGAAGAAGAUCGGUUGCAUCAAGAGAAAAAGAUGUUUGAACAGGAACAAAGUUACACGAGGGCGAAGAACGAUGAAUUCGAUCUCGAAUCAGGGGAAACCCUUUACCCAGGUCUAAGCCUCGGUGAGAACCAGCUCCGAUGGGGCUUCAUCCGCAAGGUUUACGGCAUCCUCUCCGCGCAGAUCGUCCUCACCACUCUCGUUUCCGUCGUCACCGUUUUCUAUUCUCCCAUCAACGAUCUCCUCAAGGGAAAUUCCACCCUCCUUCUCGUUCUCCUCUUCCUUCCCUUCCUCUUUUUGAUUCCUUUGCUCAAGUACCAGCAGAAGCAUCCUCAUAAUUACAUCUUGCUUGGGCUUUUCACCCUGUCUAUUAGCUCCACCGUUGGUGUCACCUGUGCCAACACCGAUGGGAAAAUUGUUCUUGAGGCGUUGAUUUUGACCUCCGCUGUGGUUUCAUCUCUCACUGGCUAUGCCUUCUGGGCUUCCAAGAAGGGCAAGGAUUUUAGCUUCCUUGGUCCAAUAUUGUUCACCUCCCUCUUCACUCUAUUCCUCACUGGCAUGAUGCAGAUGUUCUUCCCUCUUGGGCCAACAGCCCAUGCUAUCUAUGGUGCAAUUGGUGCUAUGAUUUUCUCUGGUUAUAUUGUCUAUGACACUGACAAUCUGAUCAAACGGUUCACUUAUGAUGAAUACAUCGGGGCCUCUGUCACUCUUUACCUCGACAUUCUCAACCUCUUCCUUUCCAUCUUGAGGGUGCUGAGGGAGGCAAACAAUUAGUCAUGCUUCGUGAAUUCAAGUGGAGUUAAACCAUUGAAACUACUCUGUUGAAUCUUUAUUUACCCUAGGAAGCAUUGUGAAAUGUACACUAUUCUUCUCCAGUAUUCCCUUACAGUUGAGAAUUUGAGAUACUUUGAUGACAUGGAAAAUUUAUACCUUUACAAUUGUAUGUAAGUGUGAUACAAGAAUCCCCCUUGCGAAAUAAUUCCUGCUCCCUCCCUUGAGGUGAGUUAUCUUUCAAUUUAAUAUUGUGUGUAUUCAGCAGAUAAAUAGUCACCUGAUAUUUUAUGAUAUUAUCUACUGCGCUGCAAGAUUGCGUAUCCCAACUUACAACCUAUGCUGUUAGCAGUGUUGAAAUAAACAUGAAUUCGUAGUUAUUCAAACAUGAAUCUAAUUACAUACAUAUUUGUGC